AUAGUGAUUAACUAGGCAUAUUCGAAUCCCUUUCUGUUCUGUUCCUUUGUUCAACCGUUCAGCUCUGGUUGGCGACCUCCCGAAAACCUUUAAUCUAUUUAUUUAUUCUUAUAUUCUUCUUGAUAACCAUCCGAACACUUUUCAAUUUCCCUCUCAAUAAGAAAAGAAACUUGUUCGAUUUUGAUCUGUACACGAAUAACCCAGAAAAUGUUUGACGGUAUGAUGGAUCCAGAGUUGAUGCGACUCGCUCAGGAGCAGAUGAGUCGCAUGUCACCCGCCGACUUCGCUAGGAUCCAACAGCAGAUGAUGGCUAAUCCUGAUUUGAUGAAAAUGGCAACUGAAAGCAUGAAGAACAUGAGGCCUGAAGACUUAAGGCGUGCUGCUCAACAAUUAGAUCAUACCCGUCCAGAAGAGAUGGCUGAGAUUGGUGAGAAAUUGGCUAAUGCCACUCCUGAAGAGAUUGCCUCAAUGCGUACUCAUGUUGAUGCUCAAGUGACGUAUAAAUUAAAUGCUGCACAGAUGUUGAAGACAAAGGGGAAUCAGCUUCAUAGUCAGGGACACUUCAAAGCUGCGUUGGAAAAAUAUUUACUUGCGAAGAAGAACUUGGAAGGAAUUCCUUCUUCCAGAGGACAAACACUUUUAUUGGCGUGCUCUCUUAACUUGAUGUCUUGUUACCUGAAAACGAGGCAGUAUGAUGAGUGCAUAAAAGAAGGCUCGGAGGUAUUGGCAUAUGAUCCAAAGAAUGUCAAAGCUCUUUAUCGAAGGGGUCAAGCAUACAAAGAGCUUGGGCGAUUGGGAGACGCUGUCUCUGAUUUGAGCAAUGCACAUGAAGUGUCCCCUGAUGAUGACACUAUUAGUGAUGUGUUGAGAGAUGCUAAGCAAAGACUGGCUAAAGAAGGUGGUUCUUACACACCAGGAGGGCUAGUAAUUGAAGAAAUAUCUGAAGAAGUUGGGACAACGUCCUCUGGAAACCAUGAAAGUUCAUCUGGAGGAUAUGCAGUAACACAACCACAGGAAAGAACCAAUUUUUCCCAGAGUAAAAGUAACACUAAUAGUGGGGGCUUGACAACUAAUCCAGAUUCUUUUCAGGGUUUGAAGGAUGACCCGGAAGCUAUCAGAUCAUUCCAGAAUUUCAUUUCUAAUGCUGAUCCUGAAACCCUGGCUGCUGUCAGUGGUGGAACAGCUGGAGAGAUAUCUCCUGACAUGUUUAGGGCUGCAUCAAAUAUGAUUAGCAAGAUGUCACCUGAAGAACUGGAGAAGAUGGUUCAGUUGGCAUCAUCUGGGGAAAGUCCAUUUGCUACUGGAAGUAGUGUAACGCCUGGGUCAAUGCCUCCAAAUAUAACACCUGAUAUGCUUAAAACGGCUUCUGAUAUGAUGAGUAGGAUGUCACCUGAAGAGCUUCAGAAAAUGUUUGAAAUGGCAUCCUCUUUAAAAAUGAGAGACACAGGUCCAACAUCAGUAAAUGGAAUCAGUUCAGGUACUGGGUCAAAAUCUUCAGAAUUCCAGGAAAGUGCUGCUAUCAAUGGGAAUAAUGUUGUAGGCAACCCUAGUUCUUCUCGAAGUUUCUUUCCAAAUUCAAGAAGUGGUCUUCAGUCAAACUUUCAACCCUCAAGCAGUGAUUUACAGCAGAUGAGAAAUCAAAUGAAUGAUCCAGCUUUGAAGGAGAUGUUCUCAUCAAUGAUCAAGAAUAUGAGCCCAGAAAUGAUGGCAAAUAUGAGUGAACAAUUUGGAUUGAAGCUUUCUCAGGAAGAUGCAGCGAAAUUUCAACAAGCAAUGUCAUCUUUAUCACCACAGGACUUAGACAGAAUGAUGAAGUGGGCCGAUAGAGUUCAAAGAGGAGUUGAAGGUAUAAAGAAGACAAAGAACUGGCUGCUAGGGAGAUCCGGUAUGAUUCUCGCUAUAUGUAUGCUCAUAUUAGCUGCAGUGCUUCACCGGCUGGGCUUCAUUGGUAGUUAGAACUACACCCAGCUCUAUUUAUUAUAGUAGAUCCCUGUUCUAAUUUAACCCAUAUAUGAGUCACAAAUCUUUGUCCCCAACAUAACGUUAGACUGUAUAAUCAUAGCGAGGCAAGUAAAACCAGUAACGGCUUAGAACGAGGUAAGAAAGGGAUGGGAUGGGAUUGUGUUAAGCAGGUGAAAAUAAUGCCCAUGAUUCUUUUUGUGUGCUAUUAGUGGAACUUCCAGUGAACAGAAGUGGAUGUUGUUCCUGGAUAAACCAUAUGCUUGUUCUGUAAGUUGAGUGAUCUUCAUUGAGAAGAUCCUUAUUAUUUAUUGGAUCUGCACUAACUGUUGAUA